GGAGAAACUUCAUGCAGAACUAAAACAAGUUCUAAGUAAAAAAAGAAGCCACCUGAAACAGAGUCAUUCAAAUCUUGCAAGCAUGGAUCCUUCAAAGGAGAAGAGUGAGUCCGUGGAGAAGAGCCAGCAAUCAGAGUUAGUGGAGGUGGUGGUAGAGACAGAAGCCGAGAUAGGAGCUAGUGGCUACAGUGUGGUGGGUGGAGGGACAAAAGGAAUAUUUGUCAAAGAUGUCUUGAAAGACUCACCUGCAGCAAAACAUCUCAGCCUUCAGAAAGGAGAUCAGCUGCUGAGUGCCAGGGUGUAUUUUGAUAAUGUGAAAUAUGAAGAUGCUCUGAAGAUCCUCCAGUGUGCAGAACCUUAUAAAGUGUCUUUCUUCUUGAAGAGGACUGUGGCUCAAACUGAAGUCAGUGGUCAUGUAGAUGCACCAAAUAUUGAGCAAAGAGGACCUAAGGCUAAGAUGCAAAAAAUGAGUGUGAGAAGUGUCAAACAGUUCAAAGUCAAGAAGAAAAGAGGAGGAAGAUUUGGAUUGAAAAGACUAAAAGAGAACAAGAGAACAAGAGCUGAAGCAGAAAUAGACAUUGAGGGAUCAUCAAGUAGAAUGAACUUUAGUCCAGUUGAUGUGGAGUUUGCGAUACCAAAGAUUAAAUUGAAGAAAAAUGGGAAAGUCACUGAAGAGCAAUCUGGACAUGUAGAAAGAAUGAAGCCCAGUGAUGAGAAGACAAGAAAGAUUAAAUUCCCAAAGACUAAAAUAAAACCUGGUCUAAAAGAUACAGAACAUACAACAACAAAAGGAGAAAUUGAGACACAUAAAGACAAAGGGAAAAGCCCGAAUUCACAAAUAAAAGAUAUCAAUGAAUGUGGGCAAGGAAAGAAAAUCAGCAUCCCAGCGAACAUAUCAGUACAAAAUCUAAAUCUAGACACAAAACAGAGAACUGGAGAUGAAGCUGAUGGAUCCAUGACUAAAGGGGCAAAUGUGAUGUUUAUAAACAUUGAAGGCUCUGAUGUCAAAUGUGGGAAAAGUAGGCUGCCCUCCACUGAGAUAUCAUUGCCAAAAGGGAGGGGUGAAGGAGAAAUUUGCAGUGAAAGAUAUUCUAGAAAAGAAGGACAGAUUGAAAUGCCUAAGCUUGACAUUUCCAUGCCAAAAAUGAAAUUAUCUGAAGUUGAUAAAAAUGUACAUGGCCCAGAUAUCAAGGGAGGUAAUUUACACAUGCCAGACAUUGACAUCUCAUUGCCAAUAGUAAAAAGGGGUGUUGGUCUUGAAGGUGAGGCAAAUAAAGGAAGUAAGAUUCAAAUGACCAAAGUUGAACUUUCACGACCAAAAAUGAAGUUACCAGAGGGGAAGAUUAAUGUGGAAGGUCCUGAUAUUGAAGGAGGGAAAAUUAACAUGCCAUCCAUUGACAUUUCAUUGCCAAAAGGGAAGGCUGAAGGAGAAAUUGACAUUGAAGGUCUGUCUGGAAAAGCAGGAAAGAUUGACUUAGCAAAGCUGGACAUUACUGCACCAAAAGUAAACCCACCCAAAGUUGAUAUCAGUGUCGAGGGUCCUGACAAGGGCAGAAAAUUUCACAUGCCAGACAUUGACAUCUCAUUGCCAAAAGGGAAGGCUGACAUUGAAGGUCUGUCUGGAAAAGGAGCAAAGUUUGACUUACCAAAGCUGGACAUUACUGUGCCAAAAGUAAACCCACCCAAAGUUGAUAUCAGUGUCGAGGGUCCUGACAAGGGCAGAAAAUUUCACAUGCCAGACAUUGACAUCUCAUUGCCAAAAGGAAAAGUAAAAGGGGGUGUUGAUCUUGAAGGUGAGGCAAGUAAAGGAGGGAAGUUUCAAAUGCCCAAAUUUGAUCUUUCACUCCCAAAAAUGAAGCUGCCAGAGGGGAAGAUGAAUGUGGAAGGCCCUGAUAUUGAAGUUGGGAAAGUUGACAUGCCAUCCAUUGACAUUUCUUUGCCAAAAGGUAAGGCUGAAGGAGAAAUUAACAUUGAAGGUUUGUCUGGAAAAGGAGGAAAGUUUGACUUACCAAAGCUGGACAUUACUGCUCCAAAAGUAAAUCCACCCAAAAUUGAUAUCAGUGUCGAGGGUCCUGACAUCAAGGGCAGAAAAUUUCACAUGCCAGACAUUGACAUCUCAUUGCCAAAAGGAAAAGGGGUUGUUGAUUUUGACAGUGAGGCAAAUAAAGGAGGGAUGUUUCAAAUGCCUAAAGUUGAUCUUUCACGACCAAAAAUGAAGCUACCAGAGGGGAAUAUGAAUGUGGAAGGCCCUGAUAUUGAAGUUGGGAAAGUUGACAUGCCAUCCAUUGACAUUUCUUUGCCAAAAGGGAAGGCUGAAGGAGAAAUUGACAUUGAAGGUCUGUCUGGAAAAGGAGGAAAGUUUAACUUACCAAAGCUGGGCAUUACUGCGCCAAAAGUAAAUCCACCCAAAGUUGAUAUCAGUGUUGAGGGUCCUGACAUCAAGGGCAGAAAAUUUCACAUGCCAGACAUUGACAUCUCAUUGCCAAAAGGAAAAGUAAAAGGGGGUGUUGAUCUUGAAGGUGAGGCAAAUAAAGGAGGGAAGUUUCAAAUACCCAAAUUUGAUCUUUCAUUCCCAAAAAUGAAGCUACCAGAGGGGAAGAUGAAUGUGGAAGGCCCAGAUAUUGAAGUUGGGAAAGUUGACAUGCCAUCCAUUGACAUUUCUUUGCCAAAAGGUAAGGCUGAAGGAGAAAUUAACAUUGAAGGUUUGUCUGGAAAAGGAGGAAAGUUUGACUUACCAAAGCUGGACAUUACUGCUCCAAAAGUAAAUCCACCCAAAAUUGAUAUCAGUGUCGAGGGUCCUGACAUCAAGGGCAGAAAAUUUCACAUGCCAGACAUUGACAUCUCAUUGCCAAAAGGAAAAGUAAAAGGGGGUGUUGAUCUUGAAGGUGAGGCAAAUAAAGGAGGGAAGUUUCAAAUGCCUAAAGUUGAUCUUUCUCUCCCAAAAAUGAAGCUACCAGAGGGGAAGAUGAAUGUGGAAGGCCCUGAUAUUGAAGUUGGGAAAGUUGACAUGCCAUCCAUUGACAUUUCUUUGCCAAAAGGUAAGGCUGAAGGAGAAAUUAACAUUGAAGGUUUGUCUGGAAAAGGAGGAAAGUUUGACUUACCAAAGCUGGACAUUACUGCUCCAAAAGUAAAUCCACCCAAAAUUGAUAUCAGUGUCGAGGGUCCUGACAUCAAGGGCAGAAAAUUUCACAUGCCAGACAUUGACAUCUCAUUGCCAAAAGGAAAAGGGGUUGUUGAUCUUGACAGUGAGGCAAAUAAAGGAGGGAUGUUUCAAAUGCCUAAAGUUGAUCUUUCACGACCAAAAAUGAAGCUACCAGAGGGGAAUAUGAAUGUGGAAGGCCCUGAUAUUGAAGUUGGGAAAGUUGACAUGCCAUCCAUUGACAUUUCUUUGCCAAAAGGGAAGGCGGAAGGAGAAAUUGACAUUGAAGGUCUGUCUGGAAAAGGAGGAAAGUUUAACUUACCAAAGCUGGGCAUUACUGCGCCAAAAGUAAAUCCACCCAAAGUUGAUAUCAGUGUUAAGGGUCCUGACAUCAAGGGCAGAAAAUUUCACAUGCCAGACAUUGACAUCUCAUUGCCAAAAGGAAAAGUAAAAGGGGGUGUUGAUCUUGAAGGUGAGGCAAAUAAAGGAGGGAAGUUUCAAAUACCCAAAUUUGAUCUUUCAUUCCCAAAAAUGAAGCUACCAGAGGGGAAGAUGAAUGUGGAAGGCCCUGAUAUUGAAGUUGGGAAAGUUGACAUGCCAUCCAUUGACAUUUCUUUGCCAAAAAGUAAGGCGGAAGGAGAAAUUGACAUUGAAGGUCUGUCUGGAAAAGGAGGAAAGUUUGACUUACCAAAGCUGGACAUUACUGCUCCAAAAGUAAAUCCACCCAAAGUUGAUAUCAGUGUCGAGGGUCCUGACAUCAAGGGCAGAAAAUUUCACAUGCCAGACAUUGACAUCUCAUUGCCAAAAGUAAAAGUAAAAGGGGGUGUUGAUCUUGAAGGUGAGGCAAAUAAAGGAGGGAAGUUUCAAAUGCCUAAAGUUGAUCUUUCUCUCCCAAAAAUGAAGCUACCAGAGGGGAAGAUGAAUGUGGAAGGCCCUGAUAUUGAAGUUGGGAAAGUUGACAUGCCAUCCAUUGACAUUUCUUUGCCAAAAGGGAAGGCUGAAGGAGAAAUUGACAUUGAAGGUCUGUCUGGAAAAGGAGGAAAGUUUGACUUACCAAAGCUGGACAUUACUGCUCCAAAAGUAAAUCCACCCAAAGUUGAUAUCAGUGUCGAGGGUCCUGACAUCAAGGGCAGAAAAUUUCACAUGCCAGACAUUGACAUCUCAUUGCCAAAAGUAAAAGUAAAAGGGGGUGUUGAUCUUCAAGGUGAGGCAAAUAAAGGAGGGAAGUUUCAAAUGCCCAAAUUUGAUCUUUCACUCCCAAAAAUGAAGCUACCAGAGGGGAAGAUGAAUGUGGAAGGCCCUGAUAUUGAAGUUGGGAAAGUUGACAUGCCAUCCAUUGACAUUUCUUUGCCAAAAGGUAAGGCUGAAGGAGAAAUUGACAUUGAAGGUCUGUCUGGAAAAGGAGGAAAGUUUGACUUACCAAAGCUGGACAUUACUGCUCCAAAAGUAAAUCCACCCAAAGUUGAUAUCAGUGUCGAGGGUCCUGACAUCAAGGGCAGAAAAUUUCACAUGCCAGACAUUGACAUCUCAUUGCCAAAAGUAAAAGGGGGUGUUGAUCUUGAAGGUGAGGCAAAUAAAGGAGGGAAGUUUCAAAUGCCCAAAUUUGAUCUUUCACUCCCAAAAAUGAAGCUACCAGAGGGGAAGACGAAUGUGGAAGGCCCUGAUAUUGAAGUUGGGAAAGUUGACAUGCCAUCCAUUGACAUUUCUUUGCCAAAAGGGAAGGCUGAAGGAGAAAUUGACAUUGAAGGUCUGUCUGGAAAAGGAGGAAAGUUUGACUUACCAAAGCUGGACAUUACUGCUCCAAAAGUAAAUACACCCAAAGUUGAUAUCAGUGUCGAGGGUCCUGACAUCAAGGGCAGAAAAUUUCACAUGCCAGACAUUGACAUCUCAUUGCCAAAAGUAAAAGUAAAAGGGGGUGUUGAUCUUGAAGGUGAGGCAAAUAAUGGAGGGAAGUUUCAAAUGCCCAAAUUUGAUCUUUCACUCCCAAAAAUGAAGCUACCAGAGUGGAAGAUGAAUGUGGAAGGCCCUGAUAUUGAAGUUGGGAAAGUUGACAUGCCAUCCAUUGACAUUUCUUUGCCAAAAGGUAAGGCUGAAGGAGAAAUUGACAUUGAAGGUCUGUCUGGAAAAGGAGGAAAGUUUGACUUACCAAAGCUGGACAUUACUGCUCCAAAAGUAAAUCCACCCAAAGUUGAUAUCAGUGUCGAGGGUCCUGACAUCAAGGGCAGAAAAUUUCACAUGCCAGACAUUGACAUCUCAUUGCCAAAAGUAAAAGUAAAAGGGGGUGUUGAUCUUGAAGGUGAGGCAAAUAAAGGAGGGAAGUUUCAAAUGCCCAAAUUUGAUCUUUCACUCCCAAAAAUGAAGCUACCAGAGGGGAAGAUGAAUGUGGAAGACCCUGAUAUUGAAGUUGGGAAAGUUGACAUGCCAUCCAUUGACAUUUCUUUGCCAAAAGGGAAGGCUGAAGGAGAAAUUGACAUUGAAGGUCUGUCUGGAAAAGGAGGAAAGUUUGACGUACCAAAGCUGGACAUUACUGCUCCAAAAGUAAAUCCACCCAAAGUUGAUAUCAGUGUCGAGGGUCCUGACAUCAAGGGCAGAAAAUUUCACAUGCCAGACAUUGACAUCUCAUUGCCAAAAGGAAAAGGAAAAGGUGGUGUUGAUUUUGAAGGUAAGGCAAAUAAAGCAGGGAAGGUUCAAAUGCCCAAAUUUGAUCUUUCACUCCCAAAAAUGAAGCUACCAGAGGGGAAGAUGAAUGUGGAAGGCCCUGAUAUUGAAGUUGGGAAAGUUGACAUGCCAUCCAUUGACAUUUCAUUGCCAAAAGGUAAGGCUGAAGGAGAAAUUGACAUUGAAGGUCUGUCUGGAAAAGGAGGAAAGUUUGACUUACCAAAGCUGGACAUUACUGCGCCAAACGUAAAUCCACCCAAAGUUGAUAUCAGUGUCGAGGGUCCUGACAUCAAGGGCAGAAAAUUUCACAUGCCAGAUAUUGACAUUUCAUUGCCAAAAGGAAAAGGGGGUGUUGAUCUUGAUAGUGAGGCAAAUAAAGGAGGGAAGUUUCAAAUGCCCAAAUUUGAUCUUUCACUCCCAAAAAUGAAGCUACCAGAGGGGAAGAUGAAUGUGGAAGGCCCUGAUAUUGAAGUUGGGAAAGUUGACAUGCCAUCCAUUGACAUUUCAUUGCCAAAAGGGAAGGCUGAAGGAGAAAUUGACAUUGAAGGUCUGUCUGGAAAAGGAGGAAAGUUUGACUUACCAAAGCUGGACAUUACUGCACCAAAAGUAAAUCCACCCAAACUUGAUAUCAGUGUCGAGGGUCCUGACAUCAAGGGCAGAAAAUUUCACAUGCCAGAUAUUGACAUCUCAUUGCCAAAAGGAAAAGUAAAAGGGGGUGUUGAUCUUGAUAGUGAGGCAAAUAAAGGAGGGAAGUUUCAAAUGCCCAAAUUUGAUCUUUCACUCCCAAAAAUGAAGCUACCAGAGGGGAAGAUGAAUGUGGAAGGCCCUGAUAUUGAAGGUGGGAAAGUUGACAUGCCAUCCAUUGACAUUUCAUUGCCAAAAGGAAAAGUAAAAGGGGGUGUUGAUCUUGAUAGUGAGGCAAAUAAAGGAGGGAUGUUUCAAAUGCCUAAAGUUGAUCUUUCACGACCAAAAAUAAAGUCACCAGAGGGGAAGAUUAAUGUGGGCACCCCCAAUAUUGAAUUAGGGAAAGUUGACAUGCCAUCCAUUGACAUUUCAUUGCCAAAAGGGAAAGUGGAAGGAGAAAUUGACAUUGAAGGUCUGUCUGGAAAAGGAGGAAAGUUUGACUUACCAAAGUUAGACAUUACUUUACCAAAAGUACAUCCACCCAAGGUUGAUAUCAGUGUUGAAGGUCCUGACAGCAAGGGCAGAAAGUUUCACAUGCCAGACAUUGACAUCUCAUUGCCAAAAAGAAAAGGAAAAGGGAGUGUUGAUCUCGAAGGGGAGGCAAAUAAAGGAGGGAUAUUUCAAAUGCCUAAAGUUGAUCUUUCACUACCAAGAAUCAAGUCACCAGAGAAGAAGACUAAUGUUGAAAGCCCUGAUAUUGAAUUAGGGAAAGUUGACAUGCCAUCCAUUGACAUUUCAUUGCCAAAAGGGACGGCUGAAGGAGAAAUUGACAUUGAAGGUCUGUCUGCAACAGGAGGAAAGUUUGACUUACCAAAGCUAGAUAUAACCUUACCAAAAGUAAAUCCACCCAAGGUUGAUAUCAGUGUUGAGGGUCCUGACCUCAAGGGCAGAAAGUUUCACAUGCCAGACUUUGACAUCUCACUACCAAAAGGAAAAGGUGGUGUUGAUCUUGAAGGUGAGGAAAAUAAAGGAGGCAAGUUUCAAAUGCUUAAAGUUGACCUUUCACAACGAAAAAUGAAGUUACCAGAGGGGAAGAUUAAUGUGGACACCCCUAAUAUUGAAUUAGGGAAAGUUGACAUGCCGUCCAUUGACAUUUCAUUGCCGAAAGGGAAAGCAGAAGGAGAAACUGACAUUGAAGGUCUGUCUCGAAAAGGAGGAAAGUUUGACAUACCAAUAUUGGACAUUACUUUACCAAAAGUAAAUCCACCCAACAUUGAUAUUAGUUAUGAGGGUCCUGAUAUCACAGGCAGAAAGUUUCAUAUGCCAGAUAUUGACAUCUCAUUGCCAAAAGGAAAAGUAAAAGGGGGUGUUGAUCUUAACAGUGAGGCAAAUAAAGGAGGGAAAUUUCACCUGCCCAACGUUGAUCUUUCACUCCCAAGAAUCAAGUCACCAGAUGGGAAGAUGAAUGUGGAAGGCCCUGAUAUCAAAAUCGGGAAAAUUGAAAUGCCAUCCAUUGAUAUAUCUGUACCAAAAGGAAAGGCUGAAGCAGAGAUUGAUAUUGAAGGACUGUCUGGAAAAAGAGGAAAGAUUUACUUACCAAAACUGGACAUUUCCUUCCCUUCAUUAAAAAGCCCUGGUGUCAGUGUUGAAGGUCCAGAAAUUAAGGGUGGUUACAUUCCCAUGUCAGGUGUUGAUAUCUCAUUUCCACAAGAAAAAGGGGAUGUUGAUCUUGAAGCUGACGCAGUGAAAGGAGGGAAGUUUCAAAUGCCCAAAUUUGAUCUUUCACUACCAAAAAUGAAGUUACCAGAGGGGAAGAUUAAUGUGGAAAGCCCUGAUAUCAAAGUCAACAAAGUUGACAUGCCAUCCAUUGACAUUUCAUUACCAAAAGGGAAGGCUGAAGGCAAAAUUGACAUUGAAGGCCUAUCUGGAAAAGGAGGAACAAUUGACUUACCAAAGGUGGACAUUACAUUACCAAAAGUAAAUCCACCCAAGGUUGAUAUCACUGUUAAGGGUCCUGACAUCAAGGGCAGAAAGUUUCACAUGCCAGACAUUGACAUCUCAUUACCAAAGGGAAAACUGAAAGGAGGUCUUGAUCUUGAAGGUGAGGCAAAUAAAGGAGGGAAGUUUCAAAUGCCCAGAGUUGAUCUUUCACUACCAAAGAUGAAGUUACCAGAGGGGAAGAUUAAUGUGGAAGACCCUGAUAUUGAAGUUGAGAAAGUUGACAUGCCAUCCAUUGACAUUUCAUUGCCAAAAUGGAAGGCUGAAGGAGAAAUUGGCAUUGAUGAUUUGUCUGGAAAAGGAGGAAAGAUUGACUUACCAAGGUUGGACAUUACUGCACCAAAAGUAAAUCAACCCAAGGUUGAUAUCAGUUUUGAGGGUCCUGAUAUCAAGGGCAGAAAUUUUCAUAUGCCAGACAUUGACAUCUCAUUGCCAAAAGUAAAAGUAAAAGGGGUUGUUGGUCUUGACAGUGAGGCAAAUAAAGGAGGGAAGUUUCACCUGCCCAAAGUUGAUCUUUCUCUCCCAAGAAUCAAGUCACCAGAUGGGAACAUGAAUGUGGAAGUCCCUGAUAUCAAAGUUGGGAAAAUUGACAUGCCAUCCAUUGAUACAUCUGUACCAAAAGGAACGGCUAAAGCAGUAAUUGACACUGAGGGACUGUCUGGAAAAGGAGGAAAGAUUGACUUACCAAAGUUAGACAUUCCAUUACCAAAAUUCAGUCCACCUAAGACUGAUAUCAGUGUUGAUGGUCCAGAGCUCAAGAAGGAUGGACAGGUUCACAUGCCAGAGAUUGAUAUCUUCCUGCCAAAAGGAAAAGCAAAAGGGGAUGUUUGUCUUGAAGGUGAGACAGAUAAAGUUGGGAAGUUCCACAUGCCCAAGGUUGAUUUUUCUUUCCCAAAAUUGGAAUCCCCAAUGUUUCCUCCUCACAUUGAGCAACCUGAUAUUGGAGAAAUCACUAUGCCAGCUAUUGAUAAAUCACUUCCAAAAGGAAAAGCUGAGUGCAUUGGUAAUUCUGAAGGUGAUACUGGAAUGUGGGAAAAGCUCCAUAUGCCUGACCUUGAAUUUUCAUUACUAAAUAUGAAGUCAUCAAAUACUGAGUCAAAAAUUCACAGACCAGAUAUUAAUGAUAUUAAUAUUCCUGAUAACAGUGUUUCUGGAGGCACAAGUGGUAAUUUAAAAAUGACAACUGUAAAGCUACCAAGUGUUGACAUAUCAGCACCUAAGGUUGAUCUUGACUUUGGCAUUCCCAAAGACAAAGGCCCUAAUAGAGAAGAUAUUGAACUUCUCAAAGCUGAAGGAAGAAGACCAUCAUCUGGGGCACAUUUUGACAUCCCAGAUGUGACUCUAAAAAUGCCAAAAAUUUCACUACCUAAAUUUGGGGGAAAAUUUAAAAGUGAAGACAAACAAGUAGAAGGACUGAGCUUAUCUGCUAAUUUGGAUGUGGAAAAAAAUAUGCCACGUAUGGGGAUAAAUGCUGAUGGAAAGUUAAAAGGCAAAAUAAAGAAGCUAAAACCUGAAGGAGAUGUGAAUAUUUCACUUGAUAUGGGGUCAGAGGGCAAGGAGCAUUUUAAGGCUCCAACAUUAGAUACAAAGGCAAAGGUCAAAAUGCCCUCAGUUGAGAUUUCCCUGCCAGCCCCAUACACACCAGAGAGAGAGGCAUUGCUGCCAAAAUCUGAGAUUGAUGUAUCUGAAGCAGAUAUCAAGGCUUAUGAGGGUAGUUUAAAAAUCCCAAAGAUGCCAACUAUUGAUAUAUCAGUACCAAAAGUAGAUUUGGAUGUUGUCCUACCAAAACUAAAACAAGAUGCAUUAGUUGAAUCCAGCUCUUUGAACCCCAACCUUGAAAGAGAUACCCUAAAGCCAUCACAUGUCAAAAUGCCAAAAGUUGAUAUAGUACUACCUCAAGGCAGAACAGGGGUCACUGAUACAUCAGAAAUAAAAGUGGAAGGCAAAUAUGGCAAAUUCAAGAUGCCAAAUAUUGCAGUGCCAGCAGUGGAAAUAUCAUUACCACAUGGAAAAACAGAUCUGGACUCUUCAAAUUUGGACAUCAAUGUAAACAGUGGUAAAUUUAAGAUAUCUGAUGUUAAAGUGCCCAACCUAGAUAUUUCAGUACCCCAUUAUAGAGUGGACAUUGAACCUCCAGAUUUGAAAACAGGCGAACAAAAUGCAAAGUUCAAAUUGCCAAUUAUUACAGAGCCAGCUGUGGAUAUAUCCCUGCCAAAAGGGAAAGAAAGAGAAAUUCAAGUUCAAGAAAUGGACAUAGAAGGAAGGUUUGGCAUGUCUCUGCCUUCUCUAACUUCAUCUGAAGCCAACGUCAACAUUAAACCACCAAAAGGAUCUUCCAUGACCACAAAUCCUGAAAUACAAUAUGAGGGCCCUCUUAUCCCUAAAGUAACAAAAGCAGUUUUUGUUUUGGUUAAUUCCCAAACAGAAAGCCAUAUUAACAUAACUAGCAAAUCAAGUGCAGAAACUGUAGAUAAGAAAAUUAAAGUGCCAAAAAUCAUAAAGAAGUCAAGUUUUGAAAAAUCACAUUCAAAAAGUAAAGCAAUAAAUGAGGAGGAGGAGGAGGAAAAUGAUAAAGAUUUAAAAACAGGAGCAUUUAAAUUGCCCAAACUUGAGUUUACUUCAAAAUACUCAAAAAAUGUGGGAGAAGAUGAGAAAUUAGAGAUGGGCAUGGAGCCUGAGAAUGAGGGUAGCAGAGGCACAAAAGCUAAAUCACGAAAAAUAUCCUUUCUAGGUUUCAAGAAGAAAUCUGUAGUUAGUGAAAAUAGCUGUGGAGUGUCCUCAAAAGCCAGGCUAGAAAUAUUAACAGCAAAGCAAGGAGCUGAGCCUUCAGUCCCAAAUAUUUCAUUUGACUCUGCCUCACGAGAAACCAGUGGCCAAAAAGAGAGUGGAUCCAAAGAAGAUGUUAGAAGCAGGCAAGAAGUAGAAGAAAAAGAGGAGACAACUUGGUUUAAAAUCCCGAAAGUCACUCUUGGCCCUCAUUUCACUGGUAUCCUGCAGAUCACACCAGACGGAUCUCCAAAAGAAAGCAAGUCAUCUUUACAAUACUCUAGUGAAAAGAUUUCUGGAGGUUUCUACAGGAGAAUGCCAAAUACUGAAUUUUCUACUGAAGAGGUUUCUUCAAAACACACAGUCACCACAACAAAAGAAGGAACUUUCACUGUGGCAACCAAGACUUCGAAAUAUAAAGCAACAGAAUCAGCAAGUAGCAGCUCAACUACACACUGGAAUCAAUAAAACAGAGGAGUAAAUAUAGGUAUACAGGAGUAUUUUUUAUAUUGUUGCUUUUUCAGUGCCAUGCAGAAUGAAUGCAUUUACAUGAAUACAAUCACUAUGUAAUGUAGCACACAUUUAAUUUCAUAUACUUGCACUCACCAUUCAAUAUUAUUCUUCAUGUGGAUAAUUACGCUUCCUUUAUGUAGAUUAUUAGUAAUUCAUGCAUUACAUCAUAUAAACACAUACAGUGUGAGUGGAAUUUGAUGUAGAAUUUUGAGAAGCAUUAGUUUUAUUGGAAUUAUCAUAUUUUUGAAGCUUCAUUUGUUGCUGUUAACUUUUUUUUUAUUGUUGAAGCUGAACAUGUGUUGUCCCAUAUAUAAGA